UGCUAAAUUGGGUAGACGGAAGAACAAGUAAGAUCAAUUCCUACAUUCUCUCCACCACACAGGCGAUGGGUUUCUAUGAUUUAGCAAUGAAGCAAAAGGAGCGGCUUAGGGCUGCUCGCUCAGCGAAAAUGGAGGAGUCCUCAGAGGAGGAGUCCGUCGACUUAUCCCAGGAGCACGAAAGCCAGGGGGGAUCUGAUGCUUCAGAGUCCAACGAAUCUAGGCCUGCUUCCGUGGACGAGUCUGUUGUUGACACUCAAAAGGAGGAGAAACCUAAAACGGUUGAAAUAAACGAGCCUGCGCAAUGGGUGGAGCGUAUGGCUCUUACCUCGACCCGUUCUUUGCCGUCCGAUUUGAACGCCGAUGAUGAUCCCAAGCGUGAGGAGGCCUUUAUCCAACAAACCCUUCUUUCGGUCAUUCAAGGUAUCUCCUUGUUAGAGCUUGCAAACGUCCCAUGGAAGCGUCCAGACGAUUACUACGCGGAGAUGUUCAAGGAUGAUGUACACAUGAAUAAUGUGCGCCGCGCGAUGGAGGCGACAAAGUCUCGCAUUGAAUCGCAAGCACAUCGACGUGCAAUGAAGGACCAGAAGAAGUAUGGAAAGGAGGUCCAAGCGGAAGUGCUCCGUCAGAGAGCUAAGCAUAAGCGAGAUAUGCAGGAGCGCCUAAGUAAUUGGAAGAAAAAGAAGGGAGGCGAUGAGGCCAUGCGGGAUAUUUUAAACAAUGACGAUGAGGAUGGAGAAGCUCCUUCUAAGCGCCACAAGGCUGAUCCGCAUCGAAGAAAUUUAAAGCCUGGCGGUAAGAGCAAAAGACCUGGAAAGAAUGCUCGCCAUCGUCGCUGAUGAUCUUCUCCCUAACAUUCUAAUAUUUUUUUUCCACAUUUCCAAACACGUACAUGCGUAUAAAAUGAUUGGGUGUGGGGUAACAUAUAAAAAAAGUAUUUACACUACGAUUAAAUGGGAUUUGUGGAACUUCCUCUUCCUUUCUAU